CUUACAGUUCUCUUAAGUGAAGAAAUUUCAAACGAAGAUUUGCAAUUUAAAACACUUAAGAUUACGGAUUUUGGACUUGCGAGGGAAGUUUACAAAACGACAAGGAUGUCGCAGGCGGGAACGUACGCAUGGAUGGCUCCUGAAGUGAUUAAGAACUCGACAUUUUCAAAGGCGAGUGACAUUUGGAGUUACGGAGUACUCUUGUGGGAACUUUUAACCGGAGAAACUCCCUACAAGGGUAUAGAUACGCUUGCUGUGGCGUACGGCGUUGCGGUCAACAAACUUACCUUACCUAUUCCAAGCACGUGUCCUCAACCAUGGCGCGAUCUUAUGGAAGCCUGUUGGGAAUCGGACCCUCACAGACGACCGACGUUUGAGGAAAUUCUGGACGCUUUAGAUAACAUCGUACACUCUUCUUUUACGCAAACACCACACGAGAGUUUUCAUACCAUGCAGGAAAAUUGGCGGCAAGAAAUAGAAGAAGUCCUCUUAGAAUUGCGCAGGAAAGAGAAGGAGCUGCGAUGUAGAGAAGAGGAUUUAAAUAGAGCUCAGUUGCAGCAGCGGUUGCACGAGGAGCAACUGAGACAGAAAGAGCAAGAACUGCAAGCUCGAGAAAUAGAUUUGUUAGAGAGAGAGCUGCAUUUUAUGAUUAAGCAACAGACGCCCACACCUAACAAAAGGAAAGGGAAGUUCAAGAGGUCAAGACUGAAAUUGUUAAAGAAAGAACCCGGAACGAAUAUUAGUUUUCCAUCCGAUUUUAGGCAUACAAUUACGGUGCAGCACACGAUAGAUAACAAAGCGAUUACUGGCGUAAUUUCACCUCACAGUCCACCCGGUUCUCCUGCAAUACCACGGUUACGUGCUAUCGCCCUGCCUGCGGACGGAGUAAAAGGGAAGACUUGGGGUCCUAGUACCUGUCAUCAACGUGAAAGAGGUCAAAUUCCUUUAUUGCGCCCCACUCAAAGACCGGGCGGUAUUUGGUCAAAAAGUGCUCCAAACUUGGAUAAACCAAGGACUCUACUGAGCAGGCCUACACAUGAUAUAGGUAUAUCUGAGGACAAUCUCCACAACAUUGUCUAUUUCGUACCCCCUGAGGAUUGGGGUCCCGAAUAUCCAAUACCUGGCACCGUCAGAAACAAUGUGCCAAUGCCGACGUUAUAUAGUGCCGAUGGUUUAAAAUCGAGGCAUAAACUGAGUGUAAUCGAGUUGGUUUUGUACAACAUGGCUGCCUUAUUAGCGGGAGUUGCGACUGGAUAUGACGUGCGGUUGUCAAAUGUAUCGCCGGUACAUCCAAGAUUACAACCAAAUAGGUCAGAAGUUAAUUACGAAUAUCAACAGUGGAGACCUGCUGCAGAAAACCUCGAAUAUGAAUACUCCUCGUCUAGUGGAUACAAUCACAACACUUACCACGGCCCUACAAAGCACUACAGACCGAUGUUGACCACCUCCCAAUUAAUGAAUUUGCAGUACGAAGAUCAGAAACCGUUACGAUUCACAGAUUCCCCUCAGCACCAUUCCACUCACAUUACGCCCAAUCCAUCGCCCAGAAGAAAGUCCAGUUCUACCAGCAACGACGGCUCCGAGCAAUUGUAUACUCCAUAUGAUCGCGGUGCUACUAUAUACAUACCGGGAGAUUACCAUGGCUGUCGUAAUGACAGUAUACGUUGCUUAGGAUGUGUUGGCAUAGACAAACCAUUUUUAAGUGUUUAUGGGCAUAAUGACCAUAAUUAUGGUGGAUAUGGUUCUGACUAUAGUGGUUCAACCACUAUGUACGGUUACGGUACCGAUUACGCUUAUGAUAAUCCUAGUAGUUUAAGUAGUCAUAGUAGCACAAGAACACCUCAAAGAGUCGCUUUGCUUGUGCAUAAGCGUACACCAUCUAACGUUUCGAAUGCUAGUUCUACAACUACAAGUGGUUCAAAUGUAAACCCUAGUUUUCGUUUAGAAGACGAAUGCAAUUAUACACCCACACAUUACCUUAGGACACAACCAAUAGACUACGAGUACACUUUGUCCUUUUCAAGACAAAGUUCUUACGAUUCCACAAAUGUAGAGAGACCAACUACUUUAGAGACUGGCAGCGUUACAAAAUUACGUUCUAGCUUGAAGAGAAACAAUUAUCAAGGGGGUCAAGGACAAUCGGGCGGUAACACACCCACAAAUCCAACCCCACCUGAUAGUUUAACAAGUGACGACAGUUCAUACGUGUCUGCAAAAGAUAGUAAUAGUUCUGUAAGUCGCGUUCGAUUCUCGCCGACAACUCUGAUCGAUCUACCCGUCCAGGGGCAGAUCCAAGAUACAACUGUACCUCUUCAAGCUCGUAGAACCAGACAGAGGCCGUCGAUAGCAGAUUUGGAACGAGACUUUACGACAUAAGUUAGUGAAUGUUUAUUUCUAAGUCAUUUUAGUAGAUUGCCUUCAAAUGCUACGUCGUCAAUAUUUGAUUUAAUACUUAAUGUCGGUUUCGUGUAUUGCGGACAGUAUUUCUUCACUUACAGUGAAGGGUGGUAGGAAUUAAAGAAGUCAAAUCUCUAUACGUAUGCUUGUUCAAUUUCGAUGACAUCACAGGACUUUAGGCUAAAGUUUUUCUUUUGAAGAGUAUUAGAUUGUAUUAUAAAUGAAGCCAAAUGCUCAACCCAGUCUGCAAAUUAAAUGUGAUAGAAAUCACAAUCCAUAGUGCCUAGUUUUAGAUGUGCAAAUAAAAUUUGAAACUGAUAAGUUUAUAGUCAUUCUUGUGCAAUUUUAUUUUCAAUUUUUUAUGUAAAAAUUCUAUAUUUUAUCACAAUUUCUAAGCCUUAAUUCGUUAAACCAAUGUACAAAAAAUAAAAUUAUAAUAAAUGUAAAAGCACAACUUAUAAUAAUAUUUUUGCCAUAUUUUUUACAAAUUAGUUUAUAAUUUACUAGCUUUAACUAAAAUGUAGUUUAAAACUGAACUCUAUCCGGUGUUAUGUAAUAAACUGAGGUUUUUUAUCGGAACAGAAAGACUGGUAGACAUUCCAUUUGGUGUGCUUUGAUACUUGCACAAGUUGAUUAAGGUAAAUCGGUUGAUAAUAGCACCGGUUCAAGUCAAAAAGUACUCAAUUUAAAUAAUGAUUGCGGCCAUCAUUAAAAUUAUAUACAUACAACUACAGUCAGUAUUGAUUUUGUACUAGUAGCUGUACUACUGUAAAUAUAUUAUAAAUAAUGUAGGUAAUUAAACAUGUGGCUUCCAUUUGGCGAAGUAUAAUGUUUAAAUAUUUAUUGAAAAUGUAUAAUACAUUCCAGAUAUCUUUAUCACGAGAAAGAUUAAUACUCAAAAUGUGUGAAUACUGUAACAAUUGAUUCAAAAUAUAAUUUUUCAAAA